AUGAGCCCAAAGAACGACUCCGGUUUCAAGGUCGAGCCUUUCGACGGCUCGAACUAUGGGUUGUGGAGUUACACGAUGAAGAUGUACCUGAUGUCGAAGGGGCUGUGGGGCGCGAUCGCGGGCGAUGAGACAACAAGUGAGGCCAAGGAACAGCAAGCCCACGCCGCGAUCGUGCUGAAUCUGAGCGAUUCGCAGUUGAUGCAUGUCAUCGACUCGGCCACCGCAACAGAAGCGUGGGGACGUCUGGCGCGAUUUCAUCACAGUCAUGACAUGGCGAAUCGACUUUGGCUAAAGGAAAAGUUCGCGUCGUUCAAGUAUGCAGCAUCAAGCAUGAGCGGUCAUGUCAUGGAGCUGGAGGACCUCGUGAUGAAGAUGAAGCGCGCGAACUGCGGUCCGAGUGAAGAGGACGUGUGCGCAGUACUGUUGCGGAGUCUACCUUCAAGCUUCGAGAGCUUGGUACAGGCAUUCCGCAUGUCCGUCGCAAGCUUCAGUUUCAGUGACCUCGUGAGCAAGUUGAUCGCCGAAGAAGUGCGCCAGAAUGAGGCUGCACGGGUAGAAGAUGCGACGGCGCUCUACGCAGGCAAGAGGAAGGGUAAGCAGUACCCGAAGAAGCAACAAGUACGGCGCGCGAAGGGACCAUCAGGGACCUGCUACAACUGUGGCAAGGUCGGACACUACGCAAGAGAUUGUCGCUCCGGUCGAGGACCAAGGGAGCACCAGCAUGACCAGUCAAACGUCGCGUUUAAUGCUUGCGAAGGUUUAGCGAGCGACAGCUGGGUCAUGGACAGUGGCGCGUCAGCACACAUGUGCAAGGAUCGAGAUGCGUUCGAAGAGUACGAAGAAGUGCAUCAUGCGCGCAGUAUUUCAAGCGCAAAGAGCGACGUGAAGCUGAAUGUCAUUGGACAUGGGACAGUGAAGCUGCGCGUCUGGACAGGGCAUGCGUGGAUCGAUGCUCGCCUUGAGAACACACUUCACGUUCAAGAUUUGUCCAAGAACCUGUUUUCGCUCACGGCUACGGCAGCGCGCGGCAUGACAGUGGAGAUUACGCGCAACGCGUGCGUGGUGAAGCGUGGCGUCAAACCCGUCGCAACAGGAAGGAAGCAGGGUUUCCUAUUGUAUCUAAACGCUGACUAUGGUACGGAGUGCCACAUGGCCGAAGACGAUACAGAGCUGUGGCAUAGAAGACUGGGCCACGUGUCGUAUGGUACGCUGAAUGCCAUGGUCAAGGACGGAAGGAUCAAGGGCGCAACGAUGAAGACGAACGUUGCGUGUGACGUAUGCGCAACGUCAAAGCAAGUGCGCAAGUCAUUCAAGACAAGUGAAGAAGAUGCUGAAACUAGGGAGAGUUCGCGUUCCGACGUGGCGGUGUGCUCCGACGUUCUCGGACCUAUCACGCCAGCGUCCAAGUCUGGUUUCAGUUACGCCGUAACCUUCAUCAUGAUGAAGAGCAGGUAUGUAACGGUCUAUCCGUUGCGAAAGACGAGCGACGUUGCGAGUGCGUUCAAGCGGUUUUACCAAGAUGUCAAGACAGCAUCUGGAACGAAGAUAAAGGUGUUGCGAAGUGACAACGGCGGCGAAUACCGGAACGAAACGAUGAACAGCUUUUGCAAGGCAAAGUUCAUUAAGCAAGAGUUCACGGUUCCGUACAAUCCAGAGCAGAACGGGAUGGCGGAGCGGAUGAACCGCACGCUGGUGGAGAUGACGCGCUGUAUGCUCAAGGAAAGCGGUCUCGAAAAGUUGUACUGGUGCGAGGCACUAAUGACAGCGGCAGACAUCAAAAACAUUCUGCCGAACGCGUCGAACAAGAGCUCAAGCCCACACGAGAUGGUGUUCAAGAAGGUUCCGCGCAUCGAUCACAUGCGCGUGUUUGGUGCGCAAUGCUAUGCGCAUGUGGCGAAGGAGAAGAGAAAGAAGCUGGACGACUCAGGCGUGCGAUGUUUCUUUCUCGGCUAUGCGAAGGACCAAAAGGCGCAUCGGCUUCUCAACGCGGACGAUGGCUCAAUCGUGAUUUCAAGAAGCGUCACGUUCGCUGAGCAUUCUGUCUCGAAAGCAUCGAAAAGCAGAGACACGCGGGUCUUCGAUGUCAUUGAAGAAGAGGAAAGUGUGGAGGCGUCGCUAACCGAUGAUGAAGACAUACCAGCGCCGGUGACCGAAGAAGAGCUGCGCACCCCACCACUUCGAGCGCAGAACAGCUCUCAUCCCGGACCAAGUGAUCGACCAAGCGACACCAUUCCUACGCGCGCAUCCAGCACACCCGGAAGAAAUGGAGAAGAAGAGUGGAUGGUGCGACCGGUUCGGAAGAAGCGCGGCGUGGUUCACUACGAUCAAGAAUUUCCAAGCCAUUGUCGCGGUCGCUUCAAUUUGGACGACUACGAAGGUGACUUCGACUCUUUCUACUGUUUCUCGGCUGAAGAAGAUGGGGAACAAGCGUCCAGCUAUCAAGAAGUGAUGAAGAGCGGCUACAAGAAGCAGUGGCUCGAGGCAAUGAAGAGUGAGAUGAAGUCGCUUGAAGAACACAGCACAUGGAAGCUAGUGGACAUGCCACCGGGUAAGAAGUCCGUUGGCUGCAAGUGGGUCUUCAAGAUUAAACGUCCAAGUGGCGAGAUUGUCAAGUUCAAGGCACGUUUGGUUGCGAAAGGGUUCACGCAGCGUCCUGGUAUCAACUACAACGAGACCUUUGCACCAGUGGCGCGCAAGGAAUCUAUCAACACAGUGUUGGCGAUCGCUGCAGCUGAAGACCUGGAAGCAGAAAACGUUGAUGUCGACACAGCGUUUCUCUAUGGCGAAGUGGAAGAGGAGAUCUACAUGGACCAACCUGACGGUUUUGAAGAUGAAGGAAGCCCUAAUAAGAAGUGUUUGCUGCAGAAGGCGCUAUACGGGACGAAGCAAGCGGCGCGGCAGUGGAACAACAAGUUGAGUCAGCACUUGGUUGAUCAAGGAUUCAAGAGCAGUACAGCGGACCCGUGUGUGUUCGUUCGAGUGACAAGAGAGGAGUACAGCAUCAUCGUGAUCUACGUGGACGACUUGAUGAUUUUCUGCAAGACGAAGGAGCACAUCGCAAGUAUCAAGAACUCAUUGAUGGAAGAUUUCAGCAUUAAAGAUCUUGGAGAUCUCAAGUACUGCCUCGGGAUCGAGAUUCAUCGCAAGCGCGAAGAUGGAACGAUCAAGAUGAACCAGAAGGCGUACAUCAAGCGACUGUCGGAGAAGUUCGGCGUUGAGAACUGCAAGGACGUGUACACGCCAGCGGACAGUAACUCGAAGCUGAUCAAGAUGGGUCAAGAGGAAGCGUUUGUACCAAAGUACCCAUACCGUGAGCUGGUGGGCGCUUUAAUGUACAUCGCCAUAUGUACACGACCGGACAUUGCGCAUGCGGUUGGCGAAGUUGCGAAGUUUUGCGAGCGCUACGACAAGUCGCAUUGGACAGCAGCAAAGCGGAUUCUCAAGUAUCUCAUGACGACUCAAGACUUAAGCAUCGUUUUCAGCGGCAUCAACAAGGGAGAGCUGAUCGGAUUCGCGGAUGCAAACUGGGCUGGCGACCUCGACACGCGGCGUUCGACAACAGGAUACGUUUUCUUCCUGUACGGAAGCGUGAUAUCGUGGAAUUCGAAGCGUCAACCAACGGUCGCGACCUCAAGUACGGAAGCAGAGUACAUGAGUCUGUACAGCGCGACGCAGGAAGCAAUUUGGCUCCGAAGUCUGCUCAAGGACCUGAACUACUGUGCCAAGAACGCGACGACGAUUUUUCAAGACAAUCAAGGAUGCAUCGCGCUGGCCAAGAAUCCUGUGUACCACUCGCGCACGAAGCACAUCGACAUCAAGUUUCAUUUUUUGCGUAGCAAGUGCAGUGAUCGCGCUCGAGUUCAAGCCGACGGAAGAAAUGGUCGCGGAUGGAUUCACCAAGGCACAUCCAAGAGACAAGCACAGCAAGUUCAUCACGGGUCUGUGCAUGGUGGUGUAGGGCGCACACGUCGCACGCACAUCAAGGAAAAGUGUUAG